UUUUACUGAUGCACUCCAGUGACGACCUCAUACAGGAAACACAAGCAAGAGCAAACGCAAUGGCUGUAUAUGCUAAGACAAAAAUAUUCUACAUUUCAAUCUGGUUUUGGCUCAUUUUAGGUGUUGAAUGCUUCAUUGGUGGGUCAAAUCAUGUUUUACCUAUUAAGACUGGAGGAUCUGUCACCAUCCCAUGUCAUUAUGAUGAGGAAAACCCACUGCAGAAGAAAUACUGGCACUCAGACAUCACUCCAUCUAAUAUAUACACAAACACAACAGAGGAGAAUCUGUCAGUAAUUGAUCAUCCUGAUCAGAGUCUCUUUACUGUGACUAUGAGAAACCUGCAGUAUAAAGACACUGGAGGUUAUUCUUGUGCUGUGGAGACUGAAGGACUGUCGACUUUUAACUACGAUCUUCAUCUCAAGGUUCAGCCUGCUCCUGAUGUGUCUGUGGAGAGCAGCAGUGUAUCUGGACAUGAAGGUGGUGAUGUCAGUGUCCGGUGUUUCUACACUUCUGGAUAUCAGAAUCAGCCCAAACAGUGGUGCAGAUAUAAAGAUCAGAGCUGUUACACAGUGGGGAGGACUGACACAUCCCAGAAUCCAUCAGUCCAGAUCAGUGAUGAUGGGAGAAGAUCCUUCACUGUGCUGAUGACUGGACUGAGACUCAGUGAUUCUGGAUGGUACUUCUGCUCUGCUGGAGAGGCAAUGAACCCUGUUCAUCUCACUGUAAGUGAGGCAAAACAAGUAAACGAGGCCACAGACAAUCAGAGAGACUCAAGUAAAGAGCUUCUGACUGUGUGGCUUCCAGUUUCAGCUGCACUUCUGCAGCUGUUGAUUCUGGUCGGUGUUAUUUUCACCUGGAGAUGGAAACAGAGAACUAAGCAAGAUAAACACCAAAACAUAGAGAAAAAUGACAGCAGGACCAUUGACCCAAUCUACUGUGAACCUGAAGAUCCUGUGAAAUGCAACAUAUAUAUAAAUGAUGAAUGCUCAAAUGAUCCCGUCAAAGACAAAACCUACAGUACUAUUGGUGAUGCUCCUGUGAGUGCAGCAAAGCCUCCAGCAGGGGCACUAAUAUACAGCUUGGUGGCUCCACACUAACAGCAGUGAGAAGAACACAGGAACAUGAUGCUUCUGACUGAGAUUGAGAGUUUCUGGAUGGUUCUGCUGGAGAGACACUGAACCCUGUUCAACUCACGGGUGAGAUGUCCACCAGGCAGUCCAAGAUCCGUGCAGCUACCGUCAGAUCAUCUGUGUGUCAUCAGCAUAGCAAUGGUGAAAGGUGAUCCCAUGGGCUCUCGUUUUGAGACUACGGCGAUUGGAGCAUCAGUAGGCUGCACAAAAGUCGGGCAUCUUCUCCUAUAAAGCCAGCAAUUUCCUGUAUCAUAAUAUGUGUCCAUGGAGAGAAGGAGACUAUAAGAACACCUCAGUGAUUUUCCUGAACACUCCAGCUCAGCAGCUCCAAAUGCUCUAACAGAGGAGCCUCGUGAUGGGAAACACCAAACUCAUGGACAUUCUGAUGGAGAAUUUAAAGUCAACUGAUGGACACUAUGACUCUUUAAGUCUUUUUAACAAGUCAAUAAAAGGCCUGCAGAAUGGAGAAACUGCAGACUGGGGUAAUAUGACAUUUGUUGCACAUUUAACAGUUAAAUGGAAUAUAAUCUUUCAUUUCAAAGCAUUUUUCAUGUUAUGCAUUUCACGUUUAUCUGUCUGUAAGUAAAGGUGGAUUCACGUCAUGUCGGAAUUAUGGAAAUUACGAGAUUCCGACUUGUAAUAAGCAUAGAAUUCAUAAUUACAACUUGUAAACUCAAAACUCGCUGUACCACCAGACUGCUGCAGAUUCAUUUAGUGUUGAUAGUGUUGCCAUGGAAAAGCAUAAUUCUGAGUCCGAGAACAGCUUUGAGUAGAACGUCACGGAUUGUUAUCUAGUAAUUAUAAUUACGACAUGGCGUGGACGCAGCAUUUGUACAAGCCUUGUUAUGAGUGAGUCGUGUAGUGUGGAUGUGUUCUUACCAAUAAACAGCAUUUAUUAAACACAGUGAAGAAAAUGGUUGGAACACUUGUGAAUGUUUUUAGAAGAACGGAAGUACUGAUUCUUACUCUUGUUAUUUUUGUCUCGUCAUGUUCUUUAUCAGCAUAUAAAUGAUGAAAAGCUUUUGUCCAUUGUUAACUUCUGUACAGAAAAAGUGCUGCAUUCACAUUUUGUUUCAAGGUGUAUUAAAAUCUUUAUUUGAG